AUGACCCGCAUCUUCAAAGAGGUGAGCUAUGAGACCGGGGUGGCCGCUGGUUCCGGGUGCCGUCCUGAGGCGGGCGGGGAAGCGGGGACUGAGAGCAGCCGUGCCGUCUGUGCUGGGCCGCGCACUCCUGUGCCUUGGCAGGAGAGGGCUGGCAAGAGCCAGUAUAGCCAUCCCUUCGGGGAUGACGUACUGAUUUCCAUCGACUCUUUGACGUACGAUACACCUGAGGAUAAGACAAUGCUUAUUAGCAGAGUUCAUGGUAUAAAUGGGCGGAUCCCGUCCGUGCUCUGUGCGCGAGAAUUGCUCGCUGUGAGGGCGGGGUCCCCGCGGGCUCCAUUUCGCGCCUUCUCUUCACGUGGGCGCCGCGAAGGAAAAGCCGCCGCCGCCCUGGCGCCUCUGUCUGCAGCACGGCUGCCCAGGAGCGGCCAGGGGAACCGCCUCUUCUCGGAGCCAGCAGGACCUAAACAAUGGGAACGUAUGUCAAGGAAAGACGUUAAAAAGUGGAAGAAAGGAUUUACGGAAGCGCCCAUUUCUGUAGCAGUCCAGUCUGUUCAUGUGGAUGAACGUGUAGGAAGCAAUCUGACAGGUUUGUGCCCAGUUGUGCUGGAGGAAGAAGAUUGUGAAGAAGGUGGUGAUGUAGCCUCCGUAGGAAGAAAAUUUGAAGGAAUUCGUCUCAAGAAUCUGAAUGUAGAUGAUGGACAAAUACUGAAGAAAAAAAGAGUUCCCACGGAUGUGAUAAUACAAGGUGAUGAGAGAAAUAUUCCCAAAUGGAUAACGAUAACAACUCCAAGUUCGUCAAAAAGUCGUCAUUCAACUUUGCCAGGGCGAGAGCUACUUGGUGAAGAAGGUGGUGAUGUAGCCUCCGUAGGAAGAAAAUUUGAAGGAAUUCGUCUCAAGAAUCUGAAUGUAGAUGAUGGACAAAUACUGAAGAAAAAAAGAGUUCCCACGGAUGUGAUAAUACAAGGUGAUGAGAGAAAUAUUCCCAAAUGGAUAACGAUAACAACUCCAAGUUCGUCAAAAAGUCAUCGUUCAACUUUGCCAGGGCAAGAACUGCGUGGCAAUCAAGCUGGUGUUUGCAGAAAGAAGCUAGAGUUUUCAAAUGAAUGUUCUUCAUCCAAAUAUCCACAGUUGCAACAUUCUGCUGUUCCCCUUCCAUCAAAUACAGUAGCCUCACCCAGGCAUCAACCUUGUCCAGAACUGAGCAUGACUUCAUGUGAUAGUAUCCUUGGAGGAUGCCAGUCUGCAGAUGAGGGAUGCUCCUUGAGCAGUACAGCUUUUUCAGGCUUAUAUCCAGCAAUGGUAGCGAUACUUACAGACCUUAUGACAAAGCAUUCUCAGAGAAGAGUGUUGAAGUACAUGUUUGGACACUUAAGGUCGAAGAGAUGGCAUUCUAGAAGACCAAAGCUCAAUGUUACUGUAGACAAAAUGAGAGAGUCCAGAUCUUGUAAAUGGAAACCAAAGAAGGCAUUCCACAGCAUGUGUAGCUGUAGAAGUGAAGACAACCAAAAUCCAACUUUUGGAAAUGAAAGCAGAGAAUUCUGUUCUGACAGUUGUCCCGUUAGUAAUUCAUCUGCUCUGGCACCUUAUGCUUGUGCUGAUACAAAUGAAACCAAAGUGCACUACUCUGACUCAAGUUUAGAACAACAUUUGGCAUCUGGAAAAAGUCAAGAAGUCUGCAAACAUACUGCUUUUCCUGAUGUUAUGGAUAGAAUGGGAGAGACAUUUCUAGUUGAAGAUAAAUUAGAGACUAUUGCCUCACCAAAGAAUUCAGAAUACAUAGAAGGUGAAAAAUUUACUUACAAACUUUUCUCAGAACCCAGUUUUAUAACAUCUACUGCCAGUUCAGAUUCAAGAGCGUUUCAUCUUGUAAAAGAGAGUAAGACUCAGAAAGCGGACUUUUGUGUUGAUACCUCAGAGUUGUGUUCAUCUGCUUGCAGUUCCCAUGGCAAUAGAAACAAUUCUAUAUCUACCAUAAAUUUUUCUCCUGCAAGAUCAACAAAUACUAGGUUCAUAUAUCCUCAAAAAAUAACUUCUUUCCAGCACAAAGUGUCAUUUUCCUCCUGGAAGCAGAGUUCUUCAAAGAGGGACGAAGAAAUAGAUGCUGCAUUUGACAAACUCUACUACAGAGUGAUUUCUGGGGAAUACUGUAAGCCUUUGACAUUGACAAGACCUCUUUUAAACUCACAGAGCCAUGAAGAGAAAGGAACAUUAGUGAAGAGUAAUCUAAGUGAUUCUGAGAGGUCCCUUAAACAGCGUGAUACAGAAUUCGAGGAACUGUGUGGGAAGUCUGUUCCAAAAUUUCCUGGGCUUCAGAGAGCUUCAAAUUUCAGGAAAUAUGAAGAAAUACAGAUGCCUGAAACUGUAAAUGCUCUUGUUAAUUCUCCUAUGAGAACUUAUUCUGCAAUUUCCAGUGCUAAAAGAGCGGGAAAUUUUCAAAACCAUCCUCUUUGUUCACCAGUAAAGCGACUGAAAUUUAUACCGGAAUAUUGUUUUUCUUCAAGCAAAUGUCAGGAGAUUUCCCACAGUAAAGAGGGUAAUCUUCAGACAAGUGGCAUGGAUUUUUUGAGCACAUACAACUGUAGCAAGCCCAGCUUUUUUGCUGAUCGCAACUUUCAUUGUCAGGGCUCUGGAUCUCAUGAUUCUUCACAACAAAGUUUUCUUGGUAUCUCUGGCACUUCCCUGCAAGAAUCUGGAACUGCAGGUGCACACUCUGGUUUGCCUGGGGCAAAGGAGAAUUGCAGCUCUCUCAGAAGUGUGAGCAAGCAUCACCCAAGAGGAAACUAAGGCAGGGAAGAGAGGAAUGACUUGCACUCAAGGAG